UCCAAUCCAAAUCUAAUCAUAUUUUGUAGUAUCGGUGUUGUUACCACUGUUACCAGGGUACCAGGAUGUUCAAGAUGUACUUAGAAAUAGCCUUCGAGGCUGAACUGGACACCAACGAACACCCAGAGCUCUUGGAAAUGGCUCGUGAAGUUUGCGAAGAGUACUCGGACACCAGGGCCUCAGCUAUUCAGGAGCUUAGAGACAUGAUAUAUGAGCGUGGCGAGUGCGCGCCGCGGCGGACGGACGACGAGUUCCUGCUGCGGUUCCUACGUCAACACCGUUUCGUCGUGCGGCGCGCGCACAGACAGUUGGUGCGGUACUGCACAUUUCUUGAGCAGUACCCCGACCUGUACAAAGAUGUGGACCUCUGGGGUCUGGCGAGGUUGGGCGCCGCGUAUGAGGUCUACAUACUUGACCGCCCGGGCGUCGGCCGCAUUUCAAUACUCAGGUUUGGAGCCUGGGAUCCCGACGAACACCCUGGAAUCUUCCUUGUGCAGGUCGCUUUCGCUAUGACAGAGAUCUGGCUUCGACUGCCCAAGUUACAGGUGUUAGGCGGCACGCUUAUCGUCGACUUGGAGAAUAUCACCAUGAAGCACGUCGCCGCGCUGACCCCCACCAUCGCCUAUCAGAUCGUGUGCUUGGUCGGGUUAGCGCUUCCCUGUGCCCCAAACUCCAUCCACAUCAUCAACUACAACUGGCUGCUUCACACCUUCUUCUUCCUCUUCAAACGCUUCAUCCCUAAGAAGGCAUGGAAAAAGAUCCACUUCCACAGGCACGACCUUGGGUCUCUUCAUCAGAUCAUUGACCCUGAGUGUCUGCCGCCUCGGUACGGGGGUACCUGCCGGCAUCAUACCACCAUCGGUCAUUGGUUUAAUAAGGUCAGGCAAUACAGAGAUGAAGCUUUUGAUCAGGAGAUGAAGGAGUAUGGUUGGUUAAUAAAGGAAUAAAGUGAGAAGGAAAUUAUAGCAAGAUCUAGAUUAUUUAGAAUCGCUAAUGAGAUUAUCAAUACCAAAUUUUAACUGGAAAUAUAUGACGAAAGUUUUUCAUACAAAAUGUUCUUUCAUUUUCAAUAUAUUUUUGCACUUUAACCCAAUAGAUUGGGGUAUCGUUCGAUAGGUCUUCAAAACGAAUAAAGGGUCUAAAAUAACCAUU